UUCCUCGGCACCGAUAACACGGUCAGUGGGGAGCUUUCGCUGUUUAUACUGCGCGCACAACUAACGUACGGCAUCCGCGAAUAUAAAUAUGAGAUCUCGCAGCUCGGCCUAGAUGUACUUAUUACACAUGAAUACAACUAUAGUACACAUACGUGUAUAUACUCAACUUUGUGUCUAUAUAUAAGCGUAUAUAUGCGAAGCAUCGGGUGAAGCUCCUACAUGUACAGAUUUACGAGAAUAGAAAAACAAAAGCCAUUUCCUAGAAAUCUUCAAGUGCUGCUGCUUUCUUUCUUAACAACAUUUGGCUGAUUUCAGUUAGCUCUCAGCUACUGCGAUCUGAUUUAUGCGUGCCAAAGUCGCUAGUUCGAGGACGACUGUCAAGCGAGUCAUAAACUACACUUGCAUUCAAUCGCACUGACGAGUAUAUCAGUCGUGUUUGCUUCGAAUAUUUUCUUUUACUCUGUUACAGUCCUGUGUCGCGCUUCUUAUCGUGCGUGUCAGUGCGCGCCUUCUUUGUACUCAUUCAUGGUGUUUUAAGUAAAUCCUGUUCAGUUGUUGACAGGGUAGUAAGCAUGGUGAUCGCAGAGCAUGUGCCAUUCCGCUUCGAGGUUACUCACGUUGACGCUGAGGGCCAAUUUUUGCGAAUAUGGGCUCAAACCGAUGAAAAGUUAUAUCAGUCGAUAAGGGCAUUGCUCGAGCCCUUGCACAAUAAGAUCAAUUACGAGCUGGCCUCGAUCCCCGUCGCGCCGAGCGCGGCCAAACCCCGUACAAAAUGCCUCGUUAAAGCUAUGAACAAUGACUUUCUUCGUGCCAGAAUUCUCAAUUUUCGACCUGAUGGAUACAUACUGGUGCAAUUCAUUGACUUUGGCAACAUUACUUUCGUUCCCGUUAAUAAUGUUCGAUUGUCCGAUGCUUCGCAAGAUAUUGAAUUGAUUUUCAACUUACCCGAUGCGGCUACGGCAUUUGUGUUGGCCGAUGUCGGACCAAUUGGCGGUUCUUGGAUCGACCAAGUUGUUAAUCAGAUUAAAACUAUUCUUGUUGGUAAUAAAUUCGAAGGUGUUUAUCAAAACGUAGAUACUCGCAAAGCUAUUAGAUUUGAACUCUUGAGGCAAGAUUUUAGUGAAUCUCUAGUGAAUAGACAAAUGGCUGUGUACAGCCCAUUUUGCAAGUUACCACCAAUCAUGACUUUGACUAAUGCAAGACAAUUGAGCCAAACAAAUAUAACGGUUGAAAAUUCUUCACGAAGCACAAAAAAUCAUUCCUUCAAAGCUAGUUUGUUGGAAAUUGGCUCAAUUCAUGAUGGAAAAAUUUCUCAUGUAGACGAUGGACCGUCCAAAUUUUCUGUGCAAUUAGCGCAUCAUUUGCCCCAGUUGCAAGCAAUGAUGAAAAAAAUCAACUCGCAAAACCAUCUUCAUUUACAAGAACCACCGAUCGCUGGUUUAGUUGCAUUGGGAGUUAAACCUAGAACUAAAGAAAUUUGCAGAGUUGUCUUGAAUUCACCUGGGGACACAACGUGCAAAGUACAUUUUGUCGACUAUGGAUUUGAUGCAGUUUUGUCCUUUAAUGAUAUUUAUCAAAUCUCUGAGGAAUUUGUCACACCUACUGUAUAUUCAAUUAGAUUUAGUCUCAGUGGAUGUAGUGAUUGGACUCUGACUCAAGAUCUUAAAGAUUACUUUACAGGAUUAGUUUAUGAUCAGAAACUGAAACUCAAAGUAUGCAAGGGCCCUAUGACACCGUUGAUCCAAUAUUGUGAAUUAUUAGUAGAUGGAGAAAAUGUCAAAAAUAAAUUGAUGAGUGUUUUCCCAGAUUUGUGUACUGUGGAUUAUCCUGAACCAAAACCAUUAGAACAUGGUCAGAAAGUAACUGUUUUUGUUCCUUACAUCGAAUCAACAUUGAAGUUUUACGUACAAUAUGAUAAAGAUGCACAGUUGUUGGAUGAAGUAAUGACUAAAGUUGAUAAAGCUGCUCAAACAGCGCAGCGAAUAGCAAAUGAUCAAAUACAUGCCAAAAUGCCUUGCAUGGCUUUAUAUGAUCUUGAUAAAGUCUGGUAUAGAGCAUGCAUGCUUGCUAGAGUAGAUGAUAAUAAAUUCAGGGUGGUUUAUGUUGAUUUUGGAAAUGAAGAAAUAGUCCAUUGUGAUAACUUGAGAGUUAUACCUUCAGAAUUGGUGAAAAUGUGCCCAAGACAAGCUAUUAAAUGUGGUUUAAAUGGACUACUAUCAGGACCUAUGAAUCGAGAAGUGACAAAAAUUUUUGAAAAAAUUGCACUUGAACAACGCUUAGUACUGUCAUUAGUAGAUAAUUCCAACAAUACUAAUAUUGUUGAUUUAUUUGAAUUUGAUAAAGUCACUCAUAAAAUAACCAACAAUAUUGCUGAAACCAUCAAAUCCCAUGAAGUUACUAAACGUCAUAUUGAGAAAAGUAACCAACUGCAAUACAAACCACUUCCAGCUAAAAACAAUCGAAAUGGAAAUUGGAAUAGAGAAGAUCCACAAGGACAAUCUUACAACAGACCCAUUACUGAAAGAAUGUAUGAUAACAAAUUUAGCAAGGAUAACGAAAAUGAGCUACGUGCUGAUAAUCGGUUUCCCAAAGCUGGGUUUAACUUUUCUAACGUUACUCAAAACAAUCGCGGUCGAGCUGGUUCAGUAGAAAGUUCAAACAAUACUCGAUUCCGAAAUGACAGCCAAGGCAAUAAUGAAGUAAACAGAUUUCAAUCAAUAAGUAGAGACAAUAGUUCAGAUAAAAUUUCGGAGCACUCAUGGGAUAAUCAAAACCGAAGGUUUUCCAAUCAAAAUUGCAGUAAUGAAGAGAUUCAACAAGGUACUUUUCCAUCCAGUAAUCAAAAUCUUUUUGAGAAAGCAAAAUACGUAAAAGUCAUUCAGCAAAAUAACUUCUCCAAUGAUAAAAAAAGUGAAAGCAGUCAUGAUCCAGACUCCCAACUACCCAUUAAUGAUUGGAAUACAGAUGAAGAUUCUCUACCGAAACAGAAAGUGGACCGUUGCAUGACAUCUACACCAAUUUUCAAAAUUCCUUCUCCUAACAUAACAGUUGGAGCCGUUAAAAACUGUGAGCUUAUCUAUUAUACCGAUCCUUCUGACUUUUAUGUUCACCUUUGUCCGGAUAACAUUGAAUUAACACCAAUCAGUCGAAAAAUAGCGGAUAUAUACAAGAAUGCGCAAAAGCAUUUAAAAGUGGCAAAUAUUAUUCCUGAUACUCAAUGUGUAGCUCAAUACUCAGAAGAUAAAAAUUGGUACAGAGCAGUUAUUAAAUCUGUCUCUUCAAAUACAGCUACAGUUCAUUUUGUUGAUUACGGAAAUUUUGAAGCAGUAAGUUUUGAUAAAUUACAAGAAAUAGAUCCAGAAAUUGUGAAGCUUCCAGCUCAAGCUGUGCAUUGCAAACUGUUUUGUCCAUGUAAAUCAACUUGGUCACCAGAAGAAUCAGAUGCUUUGGUUGGGGCAAUUGAAAAUAAAAAUCUUGAAGCUGAGUUUAUUUCCGAAGAUAACGGGCACUAUUUAGUGCUUUUGAAAGAGAAUAAAACUGAAAAAGUGGUUAAUGAACUGUUUUCUGGGAGUGCUGAUUUGAUUAAAGAAAAAAAUAUUCUCCGUAACAAAAACUCUGGAUUAACAGUUCUUGGUGAAAAAAUUACUGCAUCUUUUGAUUAUGCUCCUCUAGAACAAAAGUGGAGCAAAAUUGAAAUUGAUUUAAAACAAAAAUAUGAUUUAUUGUAUACUUGGUAUGAUAGUCCAGAUAGUAUUUAUUACCAAUUACUUGAACAUCAAGAAAAUUUUAAAUCCAUGAUGGAUGAGCUUCAAUCAAACUAUCCCCAAGAUCAGGAACCUUACAGAGAAGCAUUAAAGGCUGGUGACUCUGUUAUUGCUCAAAAUCCGAUCGAUGAUAUUUUCUACCGCGCAACCAUAGUUACAGCUGCUAAUAAGACCGGAAAUUGCAAAGUUAAAUUUGUUGACUAUGGAGAUACAGCUGACGUCCAUUUGGAUAAGAUAUAUCGUGCAGAAAAGAAAUUUACUUCUUUACCUGAACAAGCCAUUGAAUGCUGUCUAGUGGGAAUAAAGCCAGCAACAGGAACCUCUUGGUCUUCUGUAAAUUUAGAAGAUCUUUUUGAUGGAGAAAAACUUGGCACUGUUUUCCACUACUUGAAAAAUAACAAAUACGGCAUUUCUUUACAAUCAGAUGAUAAAGAUGUUGCUGAUAUUUUGGUUGAAAGAGGAAUAGCUAGACACGUACCAGAAAGUUCCGAAACAUCAUUCAAUUUGGAAGAUAAAAAUAGCGUGAAGAAUACUUUUCCUACUGUGGAUUACAAGCUUCUUGAAGGACAAACAUUACUAGUAAAAAUUUCAAGUAUUGAAUCUGUUAGCAAGUUUCAUAUUCAGUUGUAUUCUGCUGAAAUGUGUCAAGCAAGAAUUGAUACAUUUAUGUCUACAGUGAAUCCAGGGAUGAUGAAAAUGCCCUCGCCGUUAACUUCGAUGCAAUAUCAAGCUGUAGAAUGCAAACUUCUCGAUGUGCCGGAAUCAGUUGACAACGACGAAUCCUUCCGUGGAUCCUGUCUAGGAAAAACAGUUUUAAUAGUUGUUGAAAAAGUGAAAGAAAAUAGUCUUGAUGUGCGUCUAUUUGACGAAAGUGGCGUAACGAUCAAAAUGUAUGAAAAUCAAAAAAGUGAAAAUGUCAUGCCUAUAGCAUCUUUACCUAUCACUGAAAAUUCUCAUGAAGUCACUGUUACCUGGAUCAACCACUCACAGAGUAUUUGGAUUCAACGAAUAAGCGAUUCACAUUUAGAGCAGAGACUGCUCGAUUCAAUGUAUGCCUACUACUCUCAACUUGGGGCAACAUCACCAAUGAUGCCUAGACCUGGCACAUUAUAUGCCGGUUUAAGUAGCGACGGCAAUUGGUACCGCGUUCAAGUCAUUGACGUAUUCGAUCAAACGGUUACUGUUUUACUUGUCGAUUACGGUAACAUCGAAGAUAUUCAAAUCGAACAAUUGCGUUACCUGGACGCACGUUUUCAUGUUAUACAUCAGCUAGGUCUUGAAGUCUCAUUAAAAACCGUUUUACAUGGCAAAAGCAGUGCCCAAUGCAAGGCUCUUGAGCCUCUCAUGCUAGGAAAGCAAUUUAAAGUAACUCUUCAUAACAUUAAUCGUCGUUGGAUCGCAGACUUUGUCGAUCUUGAAGGAAAAAAACUUAGCGAAGCGCUCGAGUCUUAUACGGUAACAGAGGAUGAACAAGAAGAGAAUGUUUUACCAAAGCAUACCGUCGAUGAAAUGCAACCCGGAAAUGUGUACGACAUACACGUAUCCCACAUCGAUAAUCCUGGACACUUUUGGAUUCAGAGGAACGAAGAACUGAAGGCUAUUGAAACUAUGCAAAGUCAACUGCAGAUAUUAUCAAAUAGCUGUGAAUUAAUCACUGAACGUCUCGAAAUGAAGUCACUCUGUCUUGUUCAGCAUAGUCUCGACCAGUUAUGGUACCGAGCUGAGGUAAUUGAUCCACAUCCGGAGCUCAAAGUUGUUCGGUUUAUCGACUUUGGUAUGACUGAUGCUAUCGAGGGUACUGAAAAUCGUAUUAAAAAACUUCCUAAUAGCUGGGAGGCCAUAGCACCUUUUGCAAUUGAAAGCAAGCUCGAUGUGUUGCCAUUCGAUGGUGAAUUCACCGACAAGGCCUGCACGUUUUUCCGUGGAUUAGUCAGAGAUAAAUCAAACGUCAAAGCUAUAAUUGUAUCUAAUGAUCACCCUGUGAUAAUGGAUGUACUUGUUGAUGAAAGAAGUUGUUGUCAAUGUCUCAUAGAACAAAAUGAAGCUCAACGUGUAAUUAGUCCGGAACAGCACAAUCCAGCCAUAGAAGAAGAGGCAGAAGAAGAAGAUGAAACGCCGCUCGAUUCUCAAGCUUCCUUCGUCAGUUUUGUAAAAUCUGUGGACGAAUUUUGGCUUCAAGAAGACAAAUACUCGAGUAAUCUCAAAAUUAUGGAAGAUCGACUUCUUACAGCUCCAUUUUUUGAUAAAGAAAUCAAUCCAAAACCAGGCUCUUUGGUGGCUGCUCAUUUCCCGUUGGAUGAACAAUACUAUCGAGCCAAAGUUAUCGAAGAAACGGAUGACGGUACUUUGGUUAAUUAUAUUGAUUAUGGAAAUUCAGGAGUUAGCAAGGAUGUUCGUAAAAUUCCUCAUGAUAUCGCCAAUGAAAUCUCACUUGCGCGUAAAUGUUCGUUAGCUAAGCCGGACGGUGUGAAGAAUUGGCCGAAAGAUGUAAAUGAAAAAUUCGAAAAAUUGGCUAAUAGUGGCUCAACCAUUUUUAUGCUCCACAUUCUCAAAGAAGGUGAAACAUCCGUAGUUAAGUUAACAAUGGAUGGUCGUGAUGUGUCUUUGGAACUCCUAGAACUAUGUGAAGAACCAGUUGAAAAUGAAAUCGUUAAAGAACUAGAUGAGUCCGAAAUUCAAUCAGAUUCUAUUCUAGAGACUAGACCAUCACCAAUUGGCCAUGAUCAAUCAGGAGUUUGUGCUAUAAGUUAUUUGAUUACACCUUCAGCUUUCUAUAUUCACGAUAGACGAAUUUAUGAAGACGAAGGAAUUAUGAGGGAAAAGAUGAUGCAUGCUUCUGAAUUUAAGCCUGUUGAAAAAAUUGAAGUGGGUCAAAUUUUAGCGGCUAAAUAUCAUGUAGAUAAUCAGUGGUACAGAGGAAAAGUAUCUUUGUGUAAUCCGAAAUGUAUAUCGGUAUUUUUCAUAGAUUAUGGAAACUUUUCUAAAGUUACUAAAGAGGAUUUACGUGAACUACCCGAUGAACUUAAAAAUUUACCGCCUCUUGCACAAUUUUGUAGUCUGAAGCUACCCAAUAACAUCGAUUCUAAAUCAGCGCAAGAAAAAUUAAAAGUGUUGGCUAAUGAUGGAAAUGCUGAAUUUGACUAUAAGUACCUAAGUGACAAACCUAGCGAUCAAGAGCAGCCACUUCUCAUAACGCUUUACACAUGCAAUCACCGUGACGUUGUUGACUUGUUGAUUGAAAGUCAAGCGAAAGCGUCAUCGAAUACAUCCAUUGAUAGUGCUUUUCACUCAGGCGCAGAUCAACAAACUGUUGACAGUGAACUAAAUCCGAUUGCGUUAGGGGAUCUAUAAAUCAGAGCCUAUCGGUAAAGGAGAUCGAACAUUAUCCAAUUGAAGAUCAAUCAUCAUCACACGGAGAUUCUGGAACUGCAAGCAGCAGCUUAGCUUCUAUUGAAACAUCAAUAAUUGGUAAUGAUGGCCCAUUCACCAGUCAAAAUUCGUCUAUUAAUGCUCAUUAUUCCAAGCCUUAAUGUUCGAUCUCCAAUUAUUCACGAAAAAAGACCAAUCUCUCUAUCUGUUUGACAGGUGGAGACUUCGAAAUAGUUUUAAUUUAAGACGAUUCCGAAAAUUUUUAUUCGGAAAAUUUUGCUUCAUCCGUUGUUCGUCCCCAAAAAAGUAUGAAAAUUCUUAGUUAAGCCUAGAUCUUAUUUUCUUAUCAUGGCAUUCAUUCCAAAUUUUGAUUUGCUUUAUUGUUAAAUUAAUGAGAGAUUUUCAUAAUGUUUUCCCCAUUCUACUUGAUAAAAAUCAUUGUUACAUCCAAAAGUAGUAGAUAUUAAGAGACUACUUAUUUUUCAUAUGUAUGUAAUUUUUUUUUCUAAUUUCAUAGUUCUAUUAAAAUAGUAGCGAGAAAUAUUGCAAAGUCUUCGAAAAAUACUCCAUGAGAGGUUUCAAUGAUUAAACGCGAAUUGUUGAGUUUUAUAAAUUAAUCAUUUUUUUCGCAAGAAACCUUUUCGAGUAAAAGAAGCCUUCGACUGUUGUAGAUAAAUAAGUGCUAUUAAUAAUAAUAUCGAAAGGUUACUGCCAAAGAGUAAAACGGUAACUAUGAUAAAUCUACCAAUUUUAAUUAAAAACGAAUAGCGAUAGCUCGAUCUGAAACACUAAGAAAAUUUUUAUUUUUUAGUUGUUGAUAAAAAUUGGUGCGAAUUAAUUUUUAUUUUUUUUAACCAUAGUGCCAUAAUGGUUUUAUUUUUUAAAUAUUUAAUUACCAUUAAAUUCAUUCGUUGAGUGCAUGUUCAAAAAAGGUGAAUAAAUAAUAUAUUUUCUAUUAAACAUCAUGAGAACAAGUAUGAAAAAAUUGUCAAUUGCUCACGUAAUUUUUUCAUACUUUGAAGUCGUUAGUCUGAUAGAAAUUCCAACUUGUAUUUAUUUCAUAAAAUCAUAAAAUAUAAAUGAUCGUUAAUAUAUCUUGAUUUUGUGUAUUAAAAUCUGUACAAGUAAAUAAUUAAUUCUAUCAUCGAAUUAAACAUAUAUCAAUGGUAUAUCACGAGAUAAAAUGUACCUAUAAUUGUUAUGGCCAUUUAUGUUACAAUAAUAAGACGAGAUCAAUUUUGACUUUAUAUAUUGCGCAAAUCGAAUUUUGAUAAUAAAAUUUCUGUAAAAAACUGA